AUGACGGGCGACCUGGCAUUGGGAUUCAGCUGCUGCGUCUUUGCAGGGGUUGGUUUCGGCAUCAACUACCUGCCUGUCAAAGGCAUCGACACCGGAGAUGGGAUUUUCUUCUCUGCAGUGAUGUCCGUCGGCAUCCUAGCCGUAGGCUCGGUCACCGGGAUGGUGCUGAGCAGCCCCCCUGGGCUUCUAAUGCCAAGGUUUGAGCCCUGGGCUGCCUUGGGGGGUGGCCUUUGGAUGUGCGGCAAUUUGAUGUGCCCCUACAUCAUUAAGCUGAUCGGCAUGGGACUCGGCCUCACAGUCUGGGACUUGAGCAACAUGGUCAUGGGAUGGUUCACGGGGCACUAUGGGCUCUUUGGUGUCCAGAAGGAGCAUAUUGAGAGACCCUGGGCGAACUCGAUGGGCCUGGGAAUGGCCGUCCUGUCCCUUGUUUUCUUCUCCUUGGCAGCGAACUCCGAGGCAAAAGCAGGCGGUGCAACGAGCCCCACGACAGAAGAGACCUGCGAAGAUACGAAAACAUCGGUAGAGGACGAAUCGGAUCUUGAGAUCCAGAUCGCCACGACCGCCCCGGAGACCGUUGGCAAAACAAUUCAGGCCGAGAAGGCUCCGAAAUCGCAGCCGGACAAGGUGAACCAGUGUCAGAAUUCAGACGCCCGCAACUUUGCGAUAGGUAUUUGCAUGGCGCUGGUUGCAGGAGUGUUCUUCGGAACCACCUUCGACCUUCCCACAGCUCUUAUGGAGGGGCGCUUCGGAGCCGAUCAUAGUGAAGCAAUCAUGGAUUACGUCUUCAGCCACUUCUGUGGCAUCUUCGCAGCUGCUUCUGCUGCCUUGGUCGUUUAUUCGGCUGUGAUGCGGGAGAGGCGCUACAUGCCCCGCCGCCUGAUUCUUCCGGCGAUCGCUUCGGGCAUCCUCUGGGGUAUGGCUCAGGUAGCUUGGUUCCAGGCGAAUAUCGACCUUGGAUUUUCGGUGGCCUUCCCCAUCAUUGGCAGCCUUCCCGGCAUUGUCGGGCUCUUCGUUGGCAUGGCCUUCUUCGGAGAGGUGAAGAGCUGGAGGAGCCGACUAUGGGCCGGCGUGGGUUUGGCACUGCGCGUGCCAGGUGUCGUGCUCAUUGCCAUUUCCACUUGA